CAUUAUACUGCGACUCAAGGAAGUGACUGUAUUCGAGCCUUGUUGUUAUUAUUCUGAGCUAGUUGUCAACCAGAAACCCACCUGUCUUAAACUUAAACGUCACAAUGUCUUCAGACUUUGAAGCCUACGAGCAAGACUUUGGGACCGUCACAGCAGAAAUAACUAACAAAAUCGGCAGAAUUCCCAAAUUGAGUGGAGAGGAGAAGACACAGCUGGUUCUAAAUGUCGACAAACAGCUUGAAGAAGUCAGAGAGUUGCUGGAGCAGAUGGACCUGGAGGUCCGAGAGAUCCCCAUCCAGAGUCGAGCCAUGUACAACAGCAGACUGAAGAGCUACAAGCAGGAGAUGGAGAAGCUUGAGAAAGACUUUAAAAGGUCACGUAUUGCCUACAGCGACGAGGUGCGCAACGAGCUCCUGGGGGAUGACGCCAGCUCCUCGGAGAGCCAGUUGAUAAAGUUACGUGAAGAGAGAGCACAUCUGUUGGACAACACAGAGAAGCUGGAAAGGUCAUCACGGAGGCUGGAGGCCGGUUACCAGAUAGCUGUAGAAACUGAACAAGUGGGUCAGGAGAUACUUUCCAACCUGCACAGUGACCGUGAGAAGAUCCAGAGAGCCAGAGAAAGGCUGAGAGAAACCGAUGCCAACCUGGGUAAGAGCUCCCGCAUCCUCACCGGCAUGCUGAGAAGGUAAGAAGCAGGAUCAUCCAGAACCGCGUGCUGGUCUUCAUCCUCGGAGCCAUCAUCCUCCUCACCAUCGUCCUGGCCAUUUAUUUCAAUCUGCGGGGCCACUGAUCCCCCCCCCGACACAAAUACAAACACACACACGCACACAGGAGAUUAAUAGCGACAAACACGUUGUUCUGCUGUAAUUAGGACAAAUGGUCCCCAUGAAUCACUGUUUCCAAAGCCUGACAGGGAGCGUUCCUUCAUCUCUCUCUCUCCUUGUUUCCUCCUCCUCCACUCUCUUCUUCUCUCCUUCUUCUUCUUCCCCUCUUUUUCCCUGUCAGCCUCUCUUACAUCUCCACAGCAAGACUAGAGGGGACUUUUUUUAAGGAUAGUUACGGUUUUUCACGGCGUAGUCCCGUUCCCACAGAUGUAUAUAUUACGUUUGCGAAGGUGGGUCAGCUGUUAUUGACAGCGUGAUCACAGUGGAGGGUGGAGCAUGCUGUACUGUACGUAUGGAUGUUCACCCAUAGGUACGUAUGAGCUCGUGUAUCUGAAUGAUUCUAAAAAGCUCAGCGGAGCCUGAAAUAGACAAUAGGAUGCACAGUGAAUGCACAUUGAACACACAGGUGGGGUCCGUGCAGCCGAUCAAGGUGAAACUUUUAAUUUUAUCCAGACGAAAUCUGCUUUGGUGACAAACUGUAUCGACGAAUCAAUAAAAACAAUAAAGCUGAUUUAUUUUAAUAUUGCUUUUAACACAAGAGGAAACUGACGAACGCAGAGUAAGGUUCCUUCACACAUGGAACCCCCCCCCCCCCCCCCCCCCACACACACACACACACCCUGACGCGUGCAGUUCAUUCCCACAGACUCCUUCUUCUGACUGUAUCAUCCUGUUUGUGUUGACAUUGGAAUCUACAUCAUGUAUAGUGUUUUGCUCUCAGUGCAAGUGAUUGUGUUACUAUUUAUUUAUACCUUCAAAUAAUGCUAGCGCUGUUUGUGUUCUGAAGAUACACAUGUCCGUCAUGUUUUGUGUGUAAAAUGAUUAGACUCCAGGACCAAGUGAAAUGUCUGACUCUUCUUCUGUUCCUAUAAAUGGGCCUGUCUUGUUUUGGAACCUC